AUGGCGAACGUUGACUCGACCGCUAUGUUCAUCGCUUUCAUCGCCUGGCAUCGGCAGCCCUGUUCCCGCCGCAUGUUCUAUGCCAUGCGCAUGGACACGAUCAUGACGCAGAUCGAUCACGGAGCUAUCGGCCCGGUGACCGACGCUGAGUGGGUCGAGGAUCAUUACGUUCCUAUCAGGAAGGUGCUAUGCGAUGGUAUUUUGUGCAGGUGGGCGGAGGUGGCUGCUAUCAUGGGCAUCGAGCCCCCUGACGGGCUGGACUCUGCAUCGGACGUCACGGUGGACAUGGCAGUGGACCCUAUUACGGAUCACGUAACCGCCUCUGCGCUGAAAGAGGCUCUGGAUCCAAUCUGUGAGCAAGCGGACGCGGACGACUCGCACCUCUGA